AUGGGGCAGCUGGGAGUGCAGGACCAGCUCCAGCAGAAGAUCAUAUGCCCUGGGCCGGUGACCUGCCUGACAGCUUCUCCCAACGGUCUCUACAUCCUGGCGGGCGUCGCCGAGAGCAUCUACCUGUGGGAGGUCUCCAAUGGGAACCUCUUAGCCAUCCUGAACCGACACUACCAGGACCUCACAUGCCUCUGCUUUACUGAUGACAGCAGCCACUUCCUCUCGGGAGCCAAGGACUGCCUGGCUCUGGUGUGGAACCUUUACAGCGUGCUGCAGGCAGAGCCCUCCCAGAUCCCUGACCCUCGCCAUGUGUGGUCCCGACACAGCCUCCCUAUCACGGACUUGUGCUGUGGCUUUGGAGGGCCCUUGGCACGAGCAGCCACAGCCUCCCUUGACCAGACAGCGAAGCUGUGGGAAAUCUCCUCUGGAGAGCUCCUUCUUUCUGUUCUCUUCGAUGUGGGGAUCAUGGCUGUGACUCUUGACCUCUCUGAGUAUCACAUGUUUUGCGGCGGCAUGGACGGUUCCAUCUUCCAGGUUGACCUGUGUGCCUGGCCAGUCCAGAGAGACCGGACCUUCCAGACAGAGCGAGAGAAUGGGAAGAUCUUCAAAGGGCACAGGAACCAGGUGACAUGUCUGUCAGUCUCCACAGAUGGCAGCCUACUGCUUUCCGGCUCACACGACGAAACAGUCCGGCUGUGGGACAUCCAGAGCAAGCAGUGCCUAAAGACAAUGAAUCACAAAGGUCCAGUUACGAAUGCGCUCAUAGUCCUGGCCCCAGCCAACAUGUUUAACCCGGAUGGCAAACCCAGCGUGCCUCUUCCCAAAUUCAGCAAACACCUCCAUGGCACCGAAAGCAGUGACGAUCAGGGAAAUGAGGGAGUGACGCUGCGUCUUGGGCUCCACCAGCAGGAGUCUGGGGAGAGCUACCUGGAAAAGGCUGAGAAGAUGUACUCUCAGAUGUGCUCAACAAGGGAAAAGAACCUGAUGGGAGACCAGGAACAUCUGACGAUCCAGGUGAGCGAGCUAGAAGAGGAGGUGAGCACCCUCCGGAAGAUCAAUAAGAACCUGUUUGACUUCUCUGCCCGCAUCAUCACCAAACCAGCCAAAUGAAGAGGCAACCCCCAGCCCUCCCAGCCCUCCGCCUCUCCCAGCCCAGCUCCUGGGGAAGAACCAGCCAGCCCCUGGGCACGUGCACACGCAGACGUGCAAGCACAUGUGGCUCAUGUGUUCUCGCAAGCAUCUACAACAGUGCGCACACAGGAGCAUUUGCCUGCUUGGUCUGGCAUCCGUGCGAUGACACGCAACUGCGACUGGUGCGGGGCUGCAAGGCUGCUGCGUGUGCUCCCAGGCCAGCUGCAUGCAGGACAACACAUGGACCGUUUUUACCCCGAGACACUUCUCGGUGCCAGCAGAGACGCAGUGCUGCCUGGAAUUGGGGAAGCCUAUGGAGUAGCCAGCUGGUGGAGAGGAGUGUUACCAGGUUUUGAGGGAAGGAGUGCGGGAUGGAGUUCCUGCUCUUUUCCAGUCUCUUCCCUUGGCCUUUUUUUUUCCUGUUUCUUUUUGUUACUUGACCCUGCAGUGCAGACAGAAAAGUGUUUUUGUCCUCUCUUAAUACUGGUUUGAGAUUGGAUUUGAGAGAUCCUUUUCGCCCAUCCCGCCCUUGGAAACGCUGCUCAGUAUUGCAGGAUCCAUUCCAGCAGGGAUCCCGCUUGUGGGUUUGUUCUGCUCACGUGACAGUGGGGGCUGAGCAGUUCCUGCACCGCAGUGCCCGGGGGAAGCGUGUCCGGCUGAUUCCCAGCCCGGAGCCCCACCGGUCAGCACGGCACUGCCUGGGGCCGGGCAGGCGAGACCCGGGGGCGUCCAGCCUGAAGACACGACUCCUGCACCGCCACCUCCACCCGGCCUGGCCUAGCAGGCUGCAGGGUGGUGGGGGCAGCGGCUGGGGCGGCCGUUGGGCUCGGAGCGCGGUUGGUCAUUUUGGGGCACAGGGCUGACUCCUUGGGGAGGGGCAAGCAAGGUGCUAUUUCCAAUCUCGUAAGUUGACAAUUUAUAUAUAUUUGGAUCCAGCUGCUUUGUUUUCCAUGGUGUUCUGGGGAAUCGGCCUUUUGUAUUGUCACUAGCAUGGCAGCGGGGG